UCCCAUUCGAGAGGGUGCUAAGAAUGUGUAUGUGGAAAUUUUUGAUGAGCGUGCAUUUUCUAUGGAUGAGCGGAUUGCUUGGGGUCUUGUUACCAUUAAAGAUUCAGUGUUUUCAGGAGAAACCUUAGAAGAUUGGUAUUCCCUCAGUGGAAAACAAGGAGAUGACAAGGAAGGAAUGAUCAAUUUGGUGUUUUCAUACAGGCAAGCAUCUGCUCCUCCACCACAAGCAGUGAUGUAUCCCAGCAUGCCAGUAACUAAUGUACCAGUCAUGAUGGUGCCUCAGCCAGUUGUGCCAGGUACUCAAGUCCUUUAUCCAGGAGGAUAUGGUCCUGGUCAGCCUGUUCCAACUGGUCCACAGCAACACCAACAGCAACCACGUCAGCUCAAUCAGCACGAUAUAACAGGCUUAAAAGAUAUGUUUCCCAACAUGGAAGAGGGUGUAAUUCGAUCUGUGCUUGAGGCAUGCGGGGGAGAUAUUAAUGCUGCCACAACUCAUUUGUUGGGAAUGACAUCAGAAUCGUGAACUAUGCAGAUACUCAAUGAAAACGCAGAUGAGCUGAAGUAUGGUUGAUUAGUUUGAGUUUCAGUUGAAAUCUGAUCAGCAGAAAAUUUGACCAUUAAACCCAGAAUCUAGUAAACUGCCUUCAAGGGAGAGUCUUGUUAGAGAUACCUUAGAUAGGGAUGCUCUCCAGAAAUUUUUAAUUCUAAAAACUCUAGAGUAGGCCAAUUGCAUUAAAGUGCUAGUUUGGUACUCUUUUUCAGAAAAAGGCCUGUUUUAACAUACUGAAACUUCGAGUAACUGCCCUGGCAUCAUAAUGCUGACUGAUCAAACUUCAACGUUGAGUAACGUCUACAGAACAAAAGUAUUGUGUCUUAAUCAAGUAUUGAAAUUGAUUUUAAUGGAUUAUCGGGGCUGCAUGAUAAACACUCCCAGCUUAAUCUGCUUAAUCUGCUUUUAAGAAUCAACCUCAUCAACCCCGUACAUCUAGAUGCAUCAUUUAAGCUAUACUGAAAGUACAUUGCAAAAAGUGCUUGAAAAAUAUUCAAAAUCUCAACAUAAAUGUAAUAAGAAAUAUUAUGUUUUUUUAAAUAAAUGACAAUAGACUGCUCUUGUGAUGAACUGUUGCUUGUAAAAGCAAUGCUUUCCUUUACUCAGGAAAAACAAAUAGAUGGUUGUGAAAGGUAAUCAUUGAAAAGAGGAAAAACUUGUAAAUAAAGAACUGUAACCAUUGAUGGCAUUGUAUCAGUAGAAAAGUUGGUAAUUAGGAGACAAAUGAUAAAAAAAGAAAACAGUAUUUGUAUUAAUAGUCAUUUUCAUGAGUUACUAACAUCCAAUAAUCUGGCUCGUAUUUUUCCAUGAAUAGUGCAUUGCAUCAAUUAGUUGGAAACAGUGUGGGUGCACAGUGCUUGAUUCUUUUUUUCUGAUGGCCACAGGGCUUAUGGCAUCAGCCCUUGUACAUCAUGCAUCAUGCUCUAAAAGAGGAAAAGUUUGCAGGAGAACGGGUAGCAAACUGCUAUUAUUUUAGGCACCCUAUCUGACGACAAUAAAUCGUCAGCUUUAAUUACCCAAGUGAAUAUUAGAGAACUUGCAUGUUCUGUUACUUUUUCAAAAAAAAAAAUAAUAAAAUUGUGCAUGGAAUGUCUAAAAUUGAAUUCUCUAUUACCAUGUUAUAAAGUGAAAGUCAUCUUUCUGAUUUUGUUUUGCUCCUGAAAUUAAUCAUUUGUGUUUCUUUAUGCCAUUAGACUUAAAAUGACCAACAUUAAACCAUUGGCAUGUUA